AUGAACCGUCCCAUCCAGGUGAAGCCGGCCGACAGCGAGGGCCGAGGAGAAGACAGGAAGCUCUUUGUGGGCAUGCUGGGGAAGCAGCAGAGCGAGGAUGAUGUCCGGCGCCUCUUUGAGCCCUUUGGCCAGAUCGAGGAGUGCACCAUCCUCCGAGGACCCGACGGAGCCAGCAAAGGUGGGCUUUGAGGAGCUGAGUGAGCACAGUGUAGGCUCCUGGGACCCACGGAGGGUGGGACCCGCUGCCUGCAUGGCAGCCAAACCAUGCCGGGCGCCUCGUCCAGCCUGGUGGUGAAGUUUGCGGACACAGAUAAGGAGAGGACCCUGCGGCGGAUGCAUCAGAUGGCAGGGCAGCUGGGCAUCUUCAACCCCAUGACCAUCCAGUUCGGCGCCUACGGGGCCUAUACGCAAGCGAUCAUGCAGCAGCAGGCGGCUCUCAUGGCAGCCGCGCAGGGGACCUGCCUGAACCCCAUGGCCGCCAUUGCCGCCGCCCAGAUGCAGCAAAUGGCCGCCUUCAACGUCAGCGGACUGGUGGCCGCCCCCCUCACCCCCUCUUCAGGUACAAGCACCCCCCCUGGCAUCAGCACGGCGCCCGUGCCCAGCAUCGCCACACCGAUCGGGGUGAACGGCUUCAGCCCGCUGCCGCCACAGACCAACGGGCAGCCCGCCUCGGAGACCAUCUACACCAACGGCAUCCACCCCUACCCAGCAGCAUAUCCCACUGCCUACGCACCCAUCAGCCAAGCCUUUCCCCAGCAAGCGCCCAUCAUCCCGCAGCAGCAGCGAGAAGGUCCCGAAGGCUGUAACCUGUUUAUUUAUCACCUGCCCCAGGAGUUCGGGGAUGCAGAGCUCACGCAGAUGUUCUUGCCUUUCGGCAAUGUCAUCUCUGCCAAAGUCUUUGUGGACCGUGCCACCAACCAGAGUAAAUGCUUUGGUUUCGUCAGUUUUGACAAUCCGACGAGCGCUCAGGCAGCCAUUCAGGCCAUGAACGGCUUCCAGAUCGGCAUGAAGAGGCUAAAAGUCCAGCUAAAGCGGCCGAAAGAUGCCAACAGACCCUACUGA